AUGUACAUGUUGCCAUCCUCCAUGAAACCCCGGCUAACAGACAGUGCCGUUCAGUUCCUCGGGCAGCAAAACAUUACCAAUGCAUACGUGUCGGGGAUGAAGGAGUCCCUUCAUGCCAAUGGCAAUGAACUCAACUAUUUUGAAGUCUCUUAUAACACGGCCUAUGUCGCCGGACAGAUCCCGCUUAUGGCACUCCAGACGAAGCCCAAGAUUGCCCCCCAUCUGCUGCCUUGUUUGCAAAUCGUCUGGGCCGUCAUCGCCUUUUGCCAGUCACUAGUCACGAAGAGCUGGCAUCUGUACCUCUGCCGCGUAAUCACAGGUUUCCUCGAAGCCUCAUCAUUCGGCGGAACCCAUCUCAUCAGUGAAUUUUACCCUCCCCUCACCAUCGGCCUUGUUCCCAGGGAAGCUAACAUCGCUCCAGUCGGGUCGUGGUUCAAGAAUGAGGAAGUCUUCAAGAGGGCUGGUGUCUGGUUCAUGGGGAACUCUCUGGGCUCCAUGUUCUCGGGAUACCUCCAAGCCGCCAUCUACGACAACCUCAACGGCGUUGGUGGCCGAACAGGGUGGCAGUGGCUCUUCGUAGUCCAGGGAAUCAUCACUCUGCCUAUCGCAUUCAUCGGCUUCGUAUCCUGGCCCGGCCUGCCAUCCUCGCCUAAGCCGUGGUUCUUCACCGAGGAAGAGUUCCGGAUCGCGUCGACGCGCAUCAGGACCGUCGAACAGAAGGGUAUCACCUGGAGCACAUUCAAGUACACGCUCAGCCGGCCCAUGUGGUGGAUUUGCGUCCCCUGCUACGUCUGUAUGAUCCAGGCGCACUACUGGACAGGCUACAUGGCCCUCUGGCUCCGCUCAUCCGGCUACACGGUGACCCUGGUCAACAUCCUACCCACCUUCAUCGACCUCCUCCGCGCAAUCUGCUCGUGGCUGGGUACCACGCUCGCCGGCUCUCUCAGCCUCCGUGGCCUCUGGACGUUCCAGUCCGUCCCUGCCACAUUCGCCAUGAUUGUCCUGGCGGUGUGGACCGUGCCCGACGGCAUGAAGUUCGUGGCCUUUUACUGUGGCGGCUUCACCGGCAUGGCCUCGCCCAUUCUGUACUCGUGGGUCAACUUGACUCUGAAGGAGAGCUACGGAGAGCGCGGGCUCGUCAUCUCGUCCAUGAUGACUUUCGGCUACGCCUUCAGGAUCUGGGUUCCCCUCUUUACUUUCCCUACCGUCGAGGCACCUCGGUACCCUCAUGGGUAUCCCGCCACGGUCGCCUUCCAGGUCGCCAUGUACGGUCUGCUCAUGUUUGGCGUGUGGUACAUGAAACGGUGGAAGCUUAUGCACGAUGACCUCGAGGCUAGAAUUGUUGACGUGGAAGAGGAGGUGCAGCAGGAAGGCUCUAGCGGCGAGAGUGAGCGUGGUGGGAAAGACGUUGGCCAGGUGAAGAACGUGAGCGUCGUGCAGACGACAUAG